AUGGACACACAAGCAGGAAUAUCUCAGAAGGACAUCUAAUGUUAUCCCUGGAUUGUGAAAUAAAAGAUGACAGUAGACAAGAAUCUCCAGGAGAUAACCCCAUUACCCCAAUUAUACAUCCAGCUCUAUCAGCUGGUCCCCCUGAUCCUGCAAAAUGUUCUCCUGAUCACUCUGAUAUUGGUGUAUCUGGUACAGCUCUGAGAGUAGAUACAGAGUUUCCAUGUGCUAUAGAUGCCAAAUGUUUUACACAGAACACAAAGCCUAUUAACCCACAGACCGGUAAGGCAGGUGAGAGGCCAUUUCUAUGUUCUGUGUGUGGGAAAUGUUUUGCAUACAAAUCAGUUCUUAUUAGACAUCAGAAAAGUCACACAGGUGAGAAGCCAUUUCCAUGUCCUGAGUGUGGGAAAUGUUUUGCACGGAAAUCAGAUCUUCCUAUACAUCACAGAAGUCACACAGAUGAGAAGCCAUUUCCAUGUUCUGAGUGUGGGAAAUGUUUCACACAGAAAUCAGUUCUUGUUACACAUCAGAGAAGUCACACAGGUGAGAAGCCAUUUCCAUGUUCUGAGUGUGGGAAAUGUUUUGCAUACAAAUUAGUUCUUAUUAGACAUCAGAGAAGUCACACAGGUGAGAAACCGUAUUCCUGUUCUGAGUGUGGGAAAUGUUUUUCAUCGAAAUCAGAUCUUGUUAGUCAUCAGAGAAUUCACACAGGUGAGAAGCCAUAUUCCUGUUCUGAGUGUGGUAAAUGUUUCGCACAGAAAUCAGCUCUUGUUUCACAUCAGAGAAGUCACACAGGUGAGAAGCCAUAUUCCUGUUCUGAGUGUGGGAAAUGUUUCGCACAGAAAUCAGCUCUUGUUACACAUCAGACAAGUCACACAGGUGAGAAGCCGUAUUCCUGUUCUGAGUGUGGGAAAUGUUUUGCACAGAAAUCAGCUCUUGUUACACAUCAGACAAGUCACACAGGUGAGAAGCCGUAUUCCUGUUCUGAGUGUGGGAAAUGUUUCGCACAGAAAUCAGCUCUUGUUACACAUCAGACAAGUCACACAGGUGAGAAGCCGUAUUCCUGUUCUGAGUGUGGGAAAUGUUUUAUCCAGAAAUUACAUCUUAUUAAACAUGAGAGAAGUCACACAGGCGAGAAGCCAUUUUCUUGCUAUGAGUGUGGGAAAUGUUUUAUCCAGAAAUCACAUCUUAUUAAACAUGAGAGAAGUCACACAGGCGAGAAGCCAUUUUCUUGCUAUGAGUGUGGGAAAUGUUUUACCUGGAAAUCACAAUUUGUUACACAUCAGCGAAGUCACACAGGUGAGAGGCCAUUUCCAUGUUCUGAGUGUGGGAAAUGUUUUAUCCAGAAAUCACAUCUUAUUAAACAUGAGAGAAGUCACACACGCGAGAAGCCAUUUUCUUGCUAUGAGUGUGGGAAAUGUUUUAUCCAGAAAUCACAUCUUAUUAAGCAUGAGAGAAGUCACACAGGCGAGAAGCCAUUUUCUUGCUAUGAGUGUGGGAAAUGUUUUACCUGGAAAUCACAACUUGUUACACAUCAGCGAAGUCACACAGGUGAGAGACCAUUUCCAUGUUCUGAGUGUGGGAAAUGUUUUGCACGCAAAUCAGAUCUUAUUAAACAUGAGAGAAGUCACACAGGUGAGAAGCCAUUUUCUUGCUAUGAGUGUGGGAAAUGUUUUACCUGGAAAUCACAACUUGUUACACAUGAGCGAAGUCACACAGGUGAGAAGCCAUUUUCUUGCUCAGAAUGUGGGAAAUGUUUUACACGGAAAUUAGAUCUUUUUACACAUCAGAGAAGUCACACAGGUGAGAAGCCAUUUUUUGGUCAGAAUGUGGGAAAUGUUUUACACGGAAAUUAGAUCUUUUUACACAUCAGAGAAUACCAGAAAAGAAGAGGAAAAUACUCUAGUUUUUUGGGGGCACUCAUUGAAAAAUAUUGCAUAAAAUCUAACUUUUAUUAAUUACCAUUAAAAGCUGUUGCCACCAACC